AGUUCCUGUUUGCCCCUAGUAGAACGAAAGGAUCGUGUGAAUGAUUUGAACGGUGUGUUUUAGAUAACUGCAAUGGGUUGCACGACAUUUUAAAUGUAGAUUAAGAACAUAGGCUUGUUCUUCUGAAAGAUUGGCGCAUUCUAUGCGGGUGUAGCAGUCUGCAGCCUAUUGUGCUGUCUCCGCUCAAUAAAAGGAUAGUCAUUUACGACGGGGUAAAGUCUAGCCAGAGGUUGGGUUAGGUUAGAAAGGUGUCUUAUUUCUAAGUUAGUUGUACUCAGUGUUGAACUGGUUUCUGACUACAUUGUAAAGAAUGAAGUUGAUCAUCCUCGAGGAUUAUGAUCAAACCAGCGAGUGGGCUGCGAAAUACAUCAGGAACCGAAUCGUAAAGUUUAAACCCGGUCCGAACAAAUACUUUACGUUAGGUCUUCCAACAGGAGGUACACCGCUGGGAUGUUACAAGAAAUUAAUUGAAAUCUACAAGAAAGGGGAGAUUUCCUUCCAGUAUGUCAAAACAUUCAACAUGGAUGAGUAUGUUGGACUGGCGAGAGACCAUCCAGAAAGCUAUCACUCCUUUAUGUGGAAUAAUUUCUUUAAGCACAUUGACAUAAGAGCAGAGAACGCUCAUAUCCUAGAUGGUAAUGCACCAGACUUGCAAAAAGAGUGCCAGGAUUUUGAGGCCAAGAUCCAAGCUGCUGGAGGGAUUGAUCUCUUUGUUGGGGGGAUCGGACCUGAUGGUCACAUUGCUUUCAAUGAGCCUGGGUCCAGCCUUGUCUCCAGGACCAGAGUGAAGACCCUGGCAAUGGAUACCAUCCUGGCCAAUGCCCGUUUCUUUGACGGAGAUCUCUCCAAAGUACCCACCAUGGCGCUCACUGUGGGCGUGGGGACAGUCAUGGAUGCUCGAGAGGUCAUGGUCCUCAUAACAGGGGCACACAAAGCAUUUGCCUUGUACAAGGCCAUAGAGGAGGGGGUGAACCACAUGUGGACCGUGUCUGCAUUCCAACAGCACCCCCAAACAAUCUUUGUGUGUGAUGAAGAUGCCACCCAGGAGCUAAGAGUCAAAACAGUGAAAUACUUCAAAGGGAUGAUGCAUGUCCACAACAAAUUGGUGGAGCAAUAACCAGAUGAGGACCAUACUACGUCUAUAUUGUCUGUCACCGUUUGAUUUAGAUGUGUUAACUGUCCGGUUGUGAAUUCCAAGCAUACACAUGUUUAGUGUGUAGGCCACCUCUCAUCGUAAACUGCACUCACCAUGUUGCCUUGCUCAUUAUUUUCUUACUUUUUGUAUGUUGCACAAUACACCAAAUAAAGCGCUUGGCAUUGCAGAAUUGCAAAA